AGUAACCAAAGAUAUAAUGGAUAAAAUAACAACGGGAAAUACUGCCGAAAGGCAGAAAAAAAUACAAUACUCCACCGAGUAUCAAGAAACUCCAAAAACUUCACACACCAAUCAUGCAGACACCAAUCAUAUUGAAACGAAAGAAUGCGAAAAAAUAGGAGAAAGUGUGGAAGAAUUAAAAAAUCAAUUAGGUAGGCUGAUGAACUCAUUGGCAACACUCUCUGCAGAAAAAUCAAGAAUGGAAGCUAAUUUUCAGACUGAUCGGAAAGCGCUCCGAAGCGAACGCGAAGACUGUGAUCGAGUGAUCAAAGAGUUAAGAGACAAAUUACGACGAGCGCAGCAAAACACUCACUCGGAACUUCAGCAUAUGAAGUAUAAAUUAAUAAUGGAGUGUCACGAGCGAGAGAAAGAGCAGAUUGACAACUCGGUAAGGAUGAAAGAAUUGCAACGUGUGAUAGCGGAUGAGCGACGGUCUAAGGAAGCCUUUGAGCAGCAGAUUAAAGAGAUGAAGAAUCACAUUGGGGACAAAACUCAAAAUAAAAUCCUUGAGGCAGAACUCGAGAUUGCAAAUAAUAAACUGAAACAAGCUGAGACAGCAGUGAAAGAGACUCCCCCGAUUCUGGUUUCCCUUCAGUCUGAGAUGACAGCUAUGAAAAAACAACAUCGAAUGGCAAUCCACGAAGAGCAAAAACGAGCUGUCGCUGUUGAGCAGCAAGCGAAAAUUCUCGAAAGAGCGCACGAAUUGAGAGUGGCGAGUUUAGAGUCUAGGCUUGCUGAAUUAUCCGAAACUGUUGGAGGGUACGAUAGAUUGAGACAGCAGGAUCAACUCGCCAUUCAGAAACUUAAGAAUCAAUUAUUGGAAUUACAGAAACAUAACGUCAAAGAAUAUUCUCAUAGAAACGUUUAUGAAACACCGGAAACUAUAUCGACGCAGAUAAAAGAAUUAUACGGUAAAUUAUUGGAUAUUUCUAACGAGAAGAAUAACACGUUUAAUGUUGAAGAUUUUCUGCAGAGUCUCAACUUACGAAAUAUUUCCAAAGAUAUUGAUUACAAGGAAAACUACGAAAUUCUGGAGCAAGAUUUUGAGAAUUACAAGCAACAAAUGUCAGCUAAACUGGAAUCAGCUAAUGAUUUAAAUGUGGAGAAUGAAAGAGCAGAUAAGAGUACGGAGUUAUAUUUGGCAAGGACUCACGCAAAAAAUCUGGAAGAGCGAAUUCGGAUGUUGAAUAAGGAAGCAAGUGAUAAGGCAAGUGAGAUUAAUGCCAAAUUGGAGCAGCAAAUUCAACAGAUUCAGGAGGAGAGAAUGAGAUUCGAGAGAAUAUUAUCUCAGAAGGAAACUGAGUUUCGCUCUAAAGUAGGUGCCCUUGAGCAUCAAAUCCUGCGACAGAGGGAGAGAUCUUUGGCUCUUCUCGAAGAGAAAGAUCGUGAAAUAACGACACUCAAGUCUUCAUUUCGAUCUAUAUUAAUGAAACACGAGGCUCUCCCUGGCAAUUGUCAUGGAGACGACGAAAAAAAAUCAAUCCACACAAAUGUUGAUUUUGUCACAUCGCUUUUGACAGUGGAUAGUCCACCGAUGCUCCAUUAUGCUCAUGAACUUGCAAGAAGGGAUAUUCAAGUGUCAGGGUUAAGAAAGCUGAAUAGUCAGCUGGAAGCUACCCUUAGAGAAAAUCAGCGAGACCUGAUGACGAUAACUCAGAGACACGCGGAGGAAAUCAAAACAUUAGAGAAUAAAAUUACUAGAUUAGAAGCGUAUAAAUCACGUGAAGGUGCCAAUCUCGAAUACCUGAAAAACGUAAUCGUCAAUUUUCUAACGAGCAACGACGCCUCCAGCAGACGCCACAUGUUGAAUGCAAUAGGAACAGUCCUGCGUUUCACCCCUGAUGAAAUGGAAAAGAUUCAGCACGCAAAAUGACAUCGACAUUGCGUGUAAAGGGAGAUAAACUCAUACACGAUAAACUCAAUCAUGAAAUGCUAAAUUGUAAAUGUGACCCUGCAAAUUCCAUCGAUUGUAAAUACAUUCUUAGAUUCUAUUAUAUUCCACAAUAUACAGCACCAUAAUCUUCAAUGAGAAUCAACAAGUUUAAAGUCAAAUUUUCCUGUAAUUGUGCAUUGAAUUUAUUACAUCAAUAUCUUUACAUGGAAUCAAUUACUCUUGGUUGGCAUUGAAAAAAUAUUCUCAAGCUCUUUUAUUUUUAUUUUUUCCCUUCUAUACGUGAGUAUUAUUGACCAACGUGCACGUUAAUAUAUUUAUAGUAUAUUCAUCAUGGUUUCUGUCGUUAUGCAUACGGAACACUAAUUUGCAAUCCUAUUCUUAAUAUGAAUAAAACACUUUUACAAUAAACUUCAUAAUAAUCCAUUUCACAAUAUACUUCUUUUAAUUCAAUACCGCCCUUUUAUUUUAUACUGUACAAGAAAAAUUGGGUGAAUAAAAAUCAACAGCCCUUAUGUUUUAUUACUGCAUUAAGACUCAAUAUUUUUAAAUAUCGAACAAGGAAGAUAUUCAUCAGUGGGUGCGGCUAAUUGCUCAAUCGCUAGCGAUAAAAUUAAAAUGCUUCAUUCUAAUUCAUUUCUAUAGAUGUGUUGUCAAAUGAAAAAACAAUGUGCAAUUCUCUUAACAAUUUGUAUCUAGUCUCAAUGAAUUCAGGACGAGAUUUUAAAAUAUUUUCAUCGCCUUGUGCCGGAAAGUAACUUUUCAAACAUACUCCGCUUCGCUUCGCGUGAUUAAAAAAUCACUUUCCCGCACAUUGUGAAGAAAAAUAUUGUUCACAA